UCAAGUCUGUUUUGUUUUCGGUGUGCUUAACAGCUGUAUUUUGUCAAGUCUUUUGGUCACUUAAUUUUGUGUGCUAGAAAGUUCAGAGAGGAAUUUUAGGUUCACUCUCAUUUUUUAAAAUGGCGUCUGUAGCUGUAGAACUGGUUGUCGAAAAACUUUGUGGAAUGGCUGCUCAGAAAUUAGGUGAAGCAGCAAAGCUGGUGGUGAAUUUCAGAGAAGACUUAAUAUGGUUGAACCAGCAACUCAAACAUGUAAGGGCUUUUCUGCAAGAUGCUAAUCAACAGUCUCGUCACAAGCAUGAUGUGAAACUAUGGCUGCCGAGCACUAGUGAUAUUGCCAUGCGCGCAGAAGACGUCUUUGAGGAAUGUGCUGUUGAAUCCAUGUAUGUAAACGAUGCUCAAUCUUGUGGUUUCAGUUGUAGUCAAAAAACUUUUCGCUACAGGAAAGGGCGCCAAAUUAAAAAGAUCAAGCACCGCAUGCAAUAUAUUAUUGGAAAGGCCAACCAGCUGGGGCUAGUUCAUCAAGUUUCAUCAGUAGAUGAAGCAUUACCGACUACAUCUGAACGUGUGACUGUAAACCGGAGGAGAUCUAGUCUUUUGCCCAGUGUUUCAGACCCAAUGGGAAUACAGUUCAAAGUUGAUGAGAUGCUCAGCUUGUUGGACAAUUCAGCCUCUCCAGUUAUUGCAGUUGUUGGAAUGGGGGGGAUAGGCAAGACCUAUCUUCUUCAACAUGUUUACAAGGAGGCGAAAGAGAGGUACGAGAAAUCUAUAUGGCUUUCAGUUUCUCAAUCCUGUUCUAUUUCUAUGUUACAAAAAGAUUUAGUCUUUCAGUUUUAUAAAGAUGAAGAUCCGAGUAAGCAGAUUGAAAAUAGUGGUAUAAGUGAGCAGAAAUUAGACCAGUUGAUUAAUAAUAAGUUGCAAGGGACAAGGUGUCUUGUUGUGUUAGAUGAUGUGUGGAGGGUUUCCAGUGAAGAAGACUUGUUUACUAAACUUGGUCUUCCAACUGGAAACAAUAGCCAAUGUAAAAUUGUGGUUACCACACGAAGCAAGGAUGUUUGUGCCCAUUUGAAUGCUCAUGUGUAUGAAAUGCAACGUAUGCCAGAUAAAGAGAGUUGGAGGCUGUUCUGUGUUUACGCAUUUGGUGAAUUUGAGGAAAAUAUAGAGUCACAGCAGGAGCUGAAAGAGGUGGGACGUAAGAUUGUAAAAAAAUGUGGAAAUUUGCCACUAGCUGUAAAAACAAUAGCAGCAUCUCUGGCCAAUACCACAAUUCUGGACAAAUGGGAGUUGAAACUCCAUCGGCUCGAACAAGUAGAUUUUUCCAAUAGUGAUAAUGAACAAUCUAUCUUGGAUAUUCUAAAAUUGAGCUAUGACUCUUUGCCUGCACACCUUAAAGCUUGUUUUACUCAUCUUUCCUCCUUUCCCGGGGAUAAAGAGAUAUAUUUUGAGCAUCUGAUAAAUCUGUGGAUAGGAGAAGGUUUUAUCCCAGCGGGAGAGGAGCAGUGGGAUGUGGCAUGUGAUUUUUUACAUCAGCUUGUUAAUCUAUGUCUUCUUGAACUAUCAGAAAGGAUGGUAAACGGUUGGCUAGCCCAGUAUUGUAAAAUUCAUGAUUUGUUACAUGAUUUGGCCAUAAAUAUAUCGAGAGAAAAUAAUUGUGCCUUUUCUCUCGAGGAAGUCUCUACACACCCAAGUGUUGGCACUGGCUGGUGUAGGAUUUCCCUUGCUAACAAAGAUGUAGAUGAUAAUGCAAUCUCAAAGACUCACCCUGUUUGUCUCCGUACACUUUUAGUGUCUCACAAUAGGAGGAUUACAAGCAUUCCAGAAAACUUGUUUACCGCCAUGAGAAGACUGCGUGUUCUAGAUUUGAGUUUCACAGAUAUCUCUGCAUUGCCUGCGUCCGUAGGAAAGCUGAAACUUCUUAAGAUGUUAAAUUUAAGAGGGACACGUAUUGAGGAGGUUCCGGAGUGUGUGAGACAUCUAAAGAGUCUCUUGUAUUUCGCUAUAGAUUGCAAAGGAUUACCUGUCUGGAUAGGUGAGCUCAAACGUCUUCAGCAUUUAGGAUGUUGGCUUAUUGAUCGCAUGCCAAAAGGAAUAACAGAGUUGGCCUCUUUGAGAACUCUGCGAUCAAGUUGGUUGAAUCUCUCCAUAGAAAAGGGCGAAUUCAUGAUGCUAGAGGAUCUGGCCAAGAUGACCCAGCUUCAGGAAGUACGCUUAAUAGUUAGGCAUGAAAUGGAGUUAAAGAGGAUAGACGAAGGGAUCCUUGGGCAGCUGGUGAAGAUGCGUCGUCUAAUACUCGCAAAUUUGUCAGAGACCCAUCUUCCACACAUUCCGGAGAGAAUGACAGCAAUGAACAUCUCUCGAGUCUUUAUCUCCGGGAUUUUGAAGUGCCAAACUGGAUAUGUUGUUUGGCAAAUUUGAGGGAAUUAAAAUUAAUUAAGUGUGAAUGCAAUGAUUAUCCGGAUUUGCAAAUAAUGCCCAAUCUAGUAAGUCUGCACUUGCAUGGGAAUAAGGGAUGCACAGAAUUGCCAAUGGCGUUUGGAAAGUCGGGGGGAUUUCCGCAGCUCCGGUUCUUCAGAAUUUGGGAAUUCACAGAAUUAGUGGAGUUGCCGGAAUUGGAGGAGGGAGCAAUGCCAUGUCUUGAGGAGUUGGAGAUUGUCAAGUGUCCCAAGCUCAACGAAAUUAGAGAGGGGUUGGAGUGGUUAAAAGAAGAGAAAGAUGGAGACUUUAGAAUAAAAUUGAAGUCAUCAAUUUGAAGUUUCAGAGAUCCAGACGGGAAAAAAUCUUGUCCAAGUUUGCAAGGAUUUGGACAAUAAUCCAGGUGUACCAUUGCUUUGUCUUCUUUUCAUAUUAAGGCUUUUAUAUUAUGGGAUCUGUUCACUAUAAAUAGUAAUGCGAUGUAUUUAAUUUUUACUUUUGAUUCUUACAUUCACGUUUCUUCAAUAUUUGUACAUGUUUUAAACUCUAAAGUAAGCAAAACUUUCUUCAAAUUUUUUUGGCACUUAAAAAAGGCUCUUAAUAUUCUUGGCUGUUUAUAAGUCUUAUAUAUAAAAAAUCUUACUCUAUAUUUCUGAUUCUUCACAGUCAACAUAGAGAU